GCGCAGCAAAAAUACUGAGAAAGGAAGGAGAUCGAACACCACACGCACACACACAACAAUCAGGCAGAGCUUGUCAUUAAUUUUGUGUACAAGGCAGAGAAGCUAACUUUUGUUUCGAUCUUCUCUUCGCUCCGGAAAUGGAGGUUCAAGACAAGAGAGCAGACUUUUUCAAGGGGAAUGAACUCUCAAGAAGAGAUAAUAUAGCAAAAUUGUAUGCCGUUGGGCUUACAUGUAAGCAAAUCAUGGACCUGACUGGCUACAAGCGCACACAGGUGCGGGAUACGGUGAGGAAGCUAAAAAAUAAUGGGGAGAUCAGCAGAAAGCUUAAAUCGGGUCAGGCCUCUGCACCAAGUCAAGAUCCUGAUCAGGCUGAUGCCACUCCUGCCGAUACGAGUGAUGCUGACACGGCGGACAAGCCCGCUCAACAAGACCCGCAGAAGAAGGCAGCGGGUGAUGACUCGGUGGAGCGAACAAAGAAGGCCAUGCAGGAGUUUUUCAAAGGCAAUGAACGCGCGAGAAGAGAGAGGAUAGCGGCAUUGUCCCGCUCUGGGCUGUCAUGCAGGCAAAUUAGGGAACUGACUGGCUACAAGCGUACACAGGUGAGGGAUACACUCAAGAAGGUGCAAAAUAACGAGAACAUGAACAGAAAGCAUGGAAGUGGGCGUUUCGCUGCAAGGAUUACUGCUGUAGCCGCUACUUCGUCUGUAGCCGCUACUUCGGCUGUAGCCGCUACUUCGGCUGUAGCCGCUACUUCGGCUGUAGCUGCUACUUCAUCUGUAGCUGAUACUCCGGCUGUAGCCGCUACAUCGGCUGUAGCUGCUACUUCGGCUGUAGCUGCUAGUACUGCUGUAGCUGCUAGUACUGCUGUAGCUGCUAGUACUGCUGUAGCUGCUAGUACUGCUGUAGCUGCUAGUACUGCUGCUGCUACUUCUACUGUAGCUGCUACUUCUGCUGUAGCGGCUAGUACUGUCGUAGCUGCAGCCGCCGCUGAUGCUGUGGCUGCCGCCACUGACGCAGCCGCUGGCACGGUUACAGUUGCAACUACAGCUAGUGCUGCUGCUGCUUCUGCUGCUCCUGCUGCUGCACCAAGCCCUCCGCCACAAGAAGGAGCGGCAGACAUCGUCCACACGAGCAUGGAGAGAGGUCGGCCAGAUCAAGAGGAGGUCCAGAUGGACGCCGACCGUGAACUCAUCGUGGUGGUGGACAGCUAAGCAAACUGGGCGCUAAGAACGAUCCUUUAGCGUCCACCCACUACGAGUAUCCCUGUGGUGCUUGACUGGCCGAGUUCGGCUCUUGAUCCAACGCUGUACAAUGUGGACUGGAUAGAUUUCCAGCCAUAGUGAUAGGGACUGCUCCAUGAUAUGUGCUGGUAGUAGCAUGACCCACUGUAUGCUGACUGUACUGCAGAUAAGCAAAGGUAUGUAUGGACGCUGAGUGCACACAACGCCGCACUCUGAGAUUAAAUGCAUGCGUACUCGCUGCACAACAAGUCGUAUUGCUUAAGGCGCUGCGCAGCGCUCGAGUCACACUGCCCAGCGCCCAGCUCAAUGUUUACAUCUCCGCUCAGUAUAUCCUUUUUAAGUCAGGACCCCUACUUUGAGAUGCACUGCGCAUUCAAGUAGCAGUUUUUUUUAAACAUUUUAGGAAUCAGAUGCAACCACACAGUUGUUACUAUGAGUGUGUUGCUUUUAGGCUACAAACACAGCUGUUUUCAAUUGUUGUCACCGUUGUAGUUGUUGAAGUGACUACGACGGAUUAGUCGGUAGAAAUGAA